GGCCCAGGGACGGCCACCGGCCAAGGACCAAAAUGUAACCUCAUCUCGGCCGGGCGAUAGCGCGUGCGCGUUGGUGCAGGGCUGGCCAGUAUGCACAACAGUUGCAUAUCAUCAAUGCCAUAAACUCAAUUGCUUCUGGAACGGCGACGUUACGACGUGACAUUCGAUUGUACCUCCUAGUGGGAAGCGCCAUUCAAGAAUAAGCACCAUACCAGUUGGGACAAACUCCACAGCCAGUCCGCAGCGGUAAGCCUUGCACGAUGCGUUUCAAUGGCAUCUUGGUGGCAUUGAUAUUCGCUCUGGGUGUUCGGUCGAGCAUCGAGUUUGACGCGACUGCGACUGCUGGUAUCCGGUCACUGGUGGAGAGACGUCUCCCUGACUACGUGGACUAUUUCUCAUUCUCCUUAACUACAGACAAUGACAGCUCGAUUGGAUCGUCUACACGCCCUCCCAAUGAUGAAUACACUGUGUCCAACGGGGAGAACGGCGUCAUCGCCAUCUCCGGUAACUCUCCGAUUGCACUCGCCAGCGGACUGCGUUGGUAUCUGGCCAAUAUACUCCAUGUCGACAUAUACUGGUUUGUAGGGAGCAACUUCAACCUCAUCCAUGGUGAUCUACCACGUCUAAACCAGACCUAUCACGGCUCUUCAAUUGUACCCUAUCGCUAUUGGGCCAAUACGGUGACCUUUAGCUACACUGCUGCCUUCUGGAGUUGGGAUGAUUGGCAGAUUCAAUUGGACUGGAUGGCGCUUCGUGGGAUCAAUCUCCCUUUGGCUUGGGUCGGCGUGGAAAAGAUCAUUCAAGACGUGUUCAUCGAGGCUGGCUUCACUCACGCUGAGGUCGCGACUUUCCUUUCGGGUCCUGCUUUUCAAGCCUGGAAUAGGUUUGGCAACAUUCAAGGAUCGUGGGGAGGCGGCGACUUGCCACAGAGCUGGAUCGAUCAACAAUUCGAACUAAAUCAGCUGAUUAUAGCUCGUAUGAUUGAGCUAGGCAUGACCCCCGUACUGCCUUGCUUCACGGGCUUUGUACCUACGCAGAUCAGCAGACUGUAUCCUAAUGCUUCCUUCGUGAACGGAAGCCAGUGGAAUGGAUUUCAAGCUCAAUACACCAAUGUGACGUUCUUGGAACCUUUCGACCCACUCUUCACCACUUUGCAAAAAAGCUUCAUCUCCAAGCUGGAUGCAGCAUAUGGAAAUGUGUCGAGCGUGUACACUCUAGAUCAGUAUAACGAGAACGAUCCCUUCUCAGGAAACGUGACGUAUCUGGAGGAUGUGGCCUCGAAUACUAUCAAGAGUCUCAAGGCUGCAGACCCCGAAGCCAUAUGGUUCAUACAGGGAUGGUUGUUCUACAGCGCAGCGGACUUCUGGGACGAGGAGCGGAUCAAAGCAUAUCUUGGAGGUGUCGAAGAUAAGGACAUGUUGAUCCUUGAUUUGUUCUCGGAAUCACAACCUCAAUGGCAAAGGACGAAUUCCUACUUCGGCAAGCCCUGGAUUUGGUGCCAACUGCACGACUAUGGAGGCAAUCAGGGUCUCCAUGGCCAAGUUGAGAACGUGACCAUGAAUCCUAUACUGGCUCUGGCCAACGAGACGAGCACCAUGGUCGGCAUUGGCCUCACAAUGGAAGGCCAGGAAGGAAACGAGAUCAUAUACGACAUCCUUCUCGACCAAGCCUGGACACCCGAACCAAUUGAAAGUGCAGGCUACUUUGACGACUGGGUGACUUCACGCUAUCACUGUGAUGAUGCAGUUGCUGGACUUCCUCAAGAUCUAUACAUUGCCUGGGACAUGAUGCGCCAAACCAUCUAUAACAACACUGAUAUCGACACCGCUGAAGCAGUUACCAAAUCCAUAUUCGAGUUGCAACCCAACACCACCGGCCUGCUGGACAGAACAGGACAUCAUUCUACGCGAAUUCUAUAUGACCCCGAGAUUCUCGUGUCGGCGUGGAAACACUUUUACUCUGCGUCUCAGGAGACACCCCAGCUCUGGGAACUGGAAUCCUAUCGUUUCGAUCUCGUAGACAUUACCCGUCAAGUCCUCGCGAAUGCCUUCUAUCCACUAUACGGUGAAUUCGUAAACAUGACAGCCAACAGCUCUCUACCCAGCUCUUCUACGGCCUCUGCUGAGCAGACGGGAGCACGAAUGCUGUCACUCCUCCUCGAUCUAGAUUCGGUCCUGGAGGCUUCGGGAAAUGCCCAUUUCAGCCUCGAGUCUUGGAUCCAUUCUGCGCGACUUUGGGCGCCUACUGAGACUAAUGCUGCAGAUGGGGACAACAUGACUGCAGCUGCUAUCGCGGACUUUUACGAAUAUAAUGCGAGGAAUCAGAUUACGUUGUGGGGACCUGGAGGGGAGAUUAGUGACUACGCGUCGAAGCAAUGGGCGGGGCUGAUCAAGACUUAUUAUGUGCCACGCUGGGAGAGAUUUGUGCAUUUCACGCUGAAUAGUAGUACAUCUGCUGAUGGACAGAAUGAGGCAUUGAAGAAGAGUUUGACGGAGUUUGAGCUGGGUUGGCAGAUGGAGAAGAGUGAUAGUGUGAGCACGCCUCCCGGUAGUCAGGACUUGGAACAGACGAUUGCGAGAGUGGUGAAGACUUGGCCUGAGGUGUUUGGCAUUUGAGGGGUGCGUACCGUACUGGGCGGCAGGGCAGACCCAGCUAAUGAAGGCGUCGCUGUUCGUAUACAGUAUACAGGUGCUGCCGUGCUGGGUACAGUAAAAGUCUUCAUGUGAGAACAAAGACGCUGAGUAAGGUAAUUUCAGUUAGUGUUUUUUGUCAAAUGCCACAAAC